AUGCGCUCGCCAUUCUCAAGACCACGACCCGCCUCGCCACGACCAACACAAGAUGUGACGAUACCCCCGCCCGAGACGGGGAUCGAGACGCUAGGUGUGGUUACGAUAGACAGCGACGACGUCGACUCGCACUGCACGGCCUACACCCACAGCACGCAUGACAGCAAGGCGGCCUCCGCGGCCUCGACACCAGACAGCGAGAAGACCCUGGGCACCGAGAAGACGAUAGCGGCGACGACGACAAGUGACACAGAAGCAGAGUACGGCGUCCCGACCCUCUCGACAGGCGACGCCGAGUCUGCCCUCUCGGCAGAGCCGCACCUGAGCACGGUGCGCCAAGUCAUCCUGGCCGGGGUGAUGAUGCUGUCCGUGUUCCUGUCCACGCUCUCCUCCCAGAGUGUCAUCGUCACUGUCCCGCGGCUAGCGAGCGCGCUGCAUGUCUCGGCAGUCCAGGCGCAAUGGGUCGCGUCCUCAUACACUUUGGCGUAUGGGUGUGCGCUCCUCCCCGCCGGCCGGCUGUCCGACGUCUUCGGACGUCGCCUGCCCUUCCUCCUCGGCCUGGGCUUCAGCACGCUCUUCAACGCCGUCUCGGGUCCCGUCCGCUCCCUCAUCCCCCUCUGCAUCCUGCGCGCCUUGGCGGGCUUGGGGUUGGCGAUAGCCACGCCGGCCGCGUUCGGGAUCAUCGGGGUCAACUUUCGCGGCCGCGCGCGCACAACAGCCUACGCUUGCAUGUCGCUUGGUAAUCCCGUCGGUGCCGCUCUCGCCAUGUUGUUGGGAGGCAUCAUGGCGCAGCGCGACGCGUUCUACCUCUUCUACGUGCUUGCUGGCAUCUCCGCACUCCCGCUCGCGCUCGGGUUCGUGAUUCCCCGCGACAGGGCGACGGACACGGACAGGCGUAUCGACAUUCCCGGCUCAGUCAUGAUCACGGCCGCCAUGGCGCUGCUGACCUUCUCGCUGGCACAAUCUGCCAUCGCGGGGUGGAAGUCGUAUGUCCCCGGCACACUCGUGCUCAGCGUUGUGCUGCUCGUGGCCUUCGGGUUCUGGGAACACCGCCUCGAGAAACGUGGCGGACGACCUAUCGUCAAGCUCUCCAUGCUCGCGGCGCAGCACGGCAAGAUGGCCCUCGUGGCUUUGUGCGGGUUCCUCACUUUCGUCGCUGUGAGCGGAUGGGUAUUGCUUGUGUCGCUCUACUACCAGGAUCUGAAGGGACUCUCGCCCUUCGAUAGCGCCGUGCACACGCUCCCCGCGUCCGUCGUCGGCGUCUUCGCGGCAGGCGCGGUGCUCUACCUCGUCCCCCGGUUUCCGGCCAGUUGGAUCAUCACGAUCGGCGGCCUGAGCUCGGGACUGAGCUGCUUCCUCUACGUCGUCAAACCUGCCAAUCUGACCUAUUGGGUGAUUGAGUUCGUGAGCGCGGUCCUUCUGCCGUUCGGCGCGGACUUCACCGUCGGGACGGGCUCUAUUCUCAUGAGCAACCUGGCGAGGGACGAGGACCAGAGCACCGCCGGCGGCGUGUUCCAGACCGCUGUCCAGCUCGGGAAUGCUAUUGGCGUUUGCUGCGCGAGUCUGCUCGCCGAGGGAAAGCCGGGCAUGGCUGGCUUGAAGGACGCGUUCGGAUUCUGCGCCGCUUUCCCGUGGGCGGUGGCCAUCAUCGCCGCUGUUGGGUUCCGCGGCAUGGGAAGAGCGGGCGACGUGAGGCACAGCUAG